AUGUCUGAACAGACAGUGCAUCGCAGUUUAUUGCGUAUGGGGCUGCGUAGCCGCAAGGUGCCCAUGCUGUCCUCCACCAAAAGUUUGAGCAGUUUAGGCAAAGAGACUGUGAACUCUGGAGAGAGCGUUAACGUUACCUUGCUGGCUUCAUGGUCUAUGCUAUAUUACAAACUUGAAGUUCAGUAUUGCCAGCAACCACCAGUACCACAGGAACCUGAAAGGUGGAAGGUGGUGUCAUCGGUCUCUCCUGAGUCGCUGGUGGAUGAGAAGUGGGGGGCCGCGUCUGUAUCCGGCUACCUGUCCUAUCCCCGCUUCUUUUGCGGCCGCCUGGUGGAAUGCUGCGAGGAGAAUGCAUUGAAAAGUACAGCCUUCAAGGAAGAUUUGAACAAUAAACUGUUUGGCCAGCACCUGGCCCAAGACGUCAUCUUCCGAGCGGUCACAGGAUUUAUGAAAAAUGAAAACCCCCAAAAGCCCCUGGCCCUCUCCCUGCAUGGCGGAACCGGAAUCGGCAAGAACUUCAUCAGCAAAAUCAUUGCAGAGAACAUUCACCAGAAGGGGAUGAGCAGCAAAUACGUCCAUCUUUUUGAGUCAACCAUGCAUUUCCCCCACAACAACCUGGUUCCCCUCUACAAGGAUCAGAUACAGUCGUGGAUUCGUGGAAAUGUCUCCAGCUGCCCUCGUUCCAUAUUUAUAUUUGAUAACAUGGAUGAGUUACAUCCAGGUCUUAUCGACACAAUCAAGCCGUUCCUGGACUAUUAUGAGCAGAUAGAUGGCGUGUCAUACCGUAAAGCUAUUUUCAUUUUCCUCAGCAAUGCAGGGGGCCAUGUGAUCAACAGAGUGGUGCUGGGAUCCAGUAAGAGGAGAGAGGAGCUAAAGCUGCAGGAUCUGGAGUCUGUGCUGGCUGUCGAGGUAUUCAACAACAAAGACAAUGGCUUUUGGCACUGCAAUCUGAUUGACAAGAAUUUGAUUGACUUCUAUGUCCCUUUUCUACCGCUGGAGUACAGACAUGUAAAGCAGUGCGCCUUGGCGGAGUUAAGACAUCGGGGGCUAAAGGCCGAUGAAGAGCUGGCAUCCCUUGUGGCUAAAGAGAUGACUUAUUUCCCUAAGGACCUUCGAAUAUUCUCUGAUAAAGGCUGUAAAACUGUCUCAACAAAAUUGGACCUUCGUCUGUCUGGUUAA